AUGUCUGACACACCCGAGACAAAGGCUGACCCCACCACAGCCCCUCCUGAGGAACAGAAGGAAAACGCCCCAACCACCACAGAAGCCGCAACAGCCGAAUCGGGGUCUAAGAAAGGCGAGACUACAGAGAUGGCCCCUACUGAGCAGGCAGCAAAACCAGCUACGUCCGAUAGUGUGUUUUCGAUGUUUGGUGGUGGACCCAAGAAAGAGAAAAAGGAGGCCGAGGAGGAAGGAGAAGCAUCUGGCGCAUCAAAGAAAAAGGAGGGCGAGGAGGGUGACGUUGAAGCCGAACCUGAUGUUGAGUUCGAGCCCGUCAUCCGCCUGACUGAGAAAGUUGAAACCAAAACAAACGAAGAGCUGGAAGAACAGACUUUCAAGAUGCGCGCGAAGCUUUUUAAGUUCGAUCGCGAUACUAGAGAGUGGAAAGAGCGUGGAACUGGCGAUGUGCGAUUGUUGAAACAUAAGGAGAAUCAGAAGACUCGUCUUGUUAUGCGAAGAGACAAAACAUUGAAGGUGUGCGCAAAUCACUACAUUGUUCCUGAUAUGAAACUGUCGCCAAAUGUCGGUAGUGACCGGAGCUGGGUGUGGAAUGCUGCAGCGGAUGUUAGUGAGGGUGAACCAGAGGCGCAGACCCUGGCUAUUCGUUUUGCCAACAGUGAGAAUGCCAAUCUCUUCAAAGACGCCUUCGAAAAGGCUCAAGAGGAAAAUGAAAAAUUGUUCGGCCAGCAGUAA